AUGAAUGAUUUUGCUACAUUACUAUGACUAAAUUGUUUGUUGCAGAUUUUAUAACUUUCUUGUGGCAGUAAUGACAUACUGUACCUUAUAUGCUGUAUGUAAUUUACUCAUUGUUCAUUCAUUCAACCUAAGCAUAUUUACUACAGUGACAGAAUUUGUUUGUGCAUCAAAUAUAUUUUAACACCAUCCUGCAUACAGAUGUAAUUUAAGAUAAAAUAAGUAAUGUUAUGAAAUAUAAUCAAUGUCAUUGGUCACACAGGAUCCAGUUCACAGAUAGCUUCAACAGAUCUUGGGCUGGAUCCAGGACAGUCCUCCAGUAGCGGGUUCCAUCCGGACGCCGCAGCGGAUCUGUCUGGGAGCAGCACUUACACAGAAGGCGGAGCCUCAAGUCUUGUUAACAUAGUACAGAGUGACACACAGACAGAUUUUACAGUUCCAGCUGACCCCUCAGGAUUUGACCACCCAUCACUAGACUCAACAAGUGGUGGUGCCAUCAGCACCUUUAGUGAUCACUCACUUGCCCCAGGUGACGCAGGUUUUGGGACUCACGAUGUUCAUACCAGCUUACUAUCAGACACAACAAAUGAAGCCGUACUCUCGGACAUGAUGUCACAUUUAGACCAUUCCCACAUAGACUAUCCGGGCGCUGUUGAUGUACCCAGUACUGACUCUGCUGCUACUAACGGAAAUGGAAAUGGCCGCCAAAGACCAGUAACAGCGAUACACCAAACAGUUGACCAUCAUGGCAUUGAUUCACAGCUCGAUUCCACAGUUGUAACAGGUGGUGUAGAAGGUCACACCAUCAUCCCUCAAACAGAUGUAAUGGGACAAGGGAGCUCGCAUGAAUUAGUGCCCCACACAGACAUUACAGAUCUGGGAGUGGAACCUGUGACCAGCUCCCAUGUACAGGCAGACAUCACAGCUCCAGGGGACAUGCUCAGCACCAGUGUACUGGAUACUGCAGGGCUUGGAGGGGAGGCCUUGGCCACUGGGUAUACAAACAGCACAGAAUUGUUCCCUGGGGCUGGGCUCGAGGCGGGCUCAACGGAUUCAGCCAACCUGCAAGGUGAACACAUUGAGACGGCAGUUCCAGUUACAGGAGACGCACUCAACACCAUGUCUCAGACGGACGGCGUGGGUAUGGUUACAGCUGAUCCACAAGGAGUUAAUGAUGGUUUAAUAGGUCAGACAGGAAUCACACCACAGGCCCAACCUGCUGCUUCCGCAGCUGAACAGUACAUCACCUCUGGUCAGGGUCCUGAAGGUGCAGAAAAUGUGGAACUGGAGGAUUCCUGCUGAUUUCCACAUCAAGCCUCGAGUGAGGAUCUUACGCUACAGGUUUCAGUGUAUGAACCAGCCUACCUGGAAGAGCAGCGAACCAGCCCACUAGCGAUAGUUUCAUUUGUUUUAUGUUGUAUUUUGACUAUUUAAACAAAGAUAACACUGUUAAGUUUACUUUUACUAUGUCUGUUAAUAAACACCUGGCAAAUUUUAUUUGAUGUCAAGUGAGGGGAGAAGAAAGAAAUUUUAAAAACCCACCAGGUUUCAGGGUGUGGCUUUAAACUGAACAUUGUUACCCCGUCAAAAAAUUAAGAUGUACAAAAGCACAAAAUUAUUGAAACUUUUUAAGCUUCUAUUUUUGCAAUAUGUGCAAGUACUGUAUUUCUUUAUUUAGAUAUAUUUGAGCAAUACUCAUCACCAUUGUAACAAAUUGUACAUUGCCUAAUGUAUGUCAUUUGAAAAUAAUCUUUACAUUAAAGUUACAGUCUAUUUUGAAC